CUCGUUCGGUUGUCCCCCGAGGCCCCAAUCCGGCAAUCCCCCCCAGUCGCUGGCAGCCGCAAGCGCCGUGCUCGUCGCCGUCCGCCGCUCGUCUUCGUCCCGCACGGCCGCCAGGCGAGCUGCGACUUCGACCGCAACCACACACCAGCAGCGCAAGAGGUUGAUUAUCAGUUGGGUUCUGAUUUUGGGAUUUGUGGCUCUUGUAUUGAGGUGGCAAACUAAAACAGUCAACAACCAUGCAGGCUAGCGAUCGGUUCAACAUAAAUUCUCAGCUUGAGCAUCUUCAAGCCAAAUAUGUUGGCACAGGACAUGCGGACUUGACCAGAUUUGAAUGGGCUGUAAACAUUCAGAGGGACAGCUAUGCCUCUUAUAUUGGGCACUAUCCAAUGUUGGCAUAUUUUGCUAUUGCUGAAAAUGAAUCAAUUGGAAGAGAGCGUUACAAUUUUAUGCAGAAAAUGCUGCUUCCAUGCGGCCUCCCUCCUGAGAGAGAUGAAGACUGAGGAGCCUCUACACGAUCCUUAUGCAUCACAACAGUAGCUUGUGUUGAACUUAGGUUCGCUACCGGAGUAAAAGGGGGGCACACUAGAAUGGCCACGCUAGUAAUAUCUGUGGCUGUGCUUGAAAUUUGAAUUCCCUGAUCAUGCAUUGCACGCUUUUGGCUUAAACGACACGGAUCUUUCUCAUGAAAUCCCGAAUUUUCAGAAUAUAUUUUUUUUAAAAUGUCCGAGGGGUAGGAUCUUUAUCCUACCCGGAAUAAAGGGGUUGCAGUGUCCGAGGACGAUGA